CGUAAUUGAUUGGCCGAGCACAAACUUAGUUUUAACAAUGGGGCUGACAAACAUACAGUUGGUAAUAUUAUCAUUAUUGUCAUAUGCCGCAGUGGUGGUGCGGGGAGGAGAGGUUCCGCGUCCCCGCGGUGUUUCGCUGGUGAAGGCGGCGCUUUAUCAACCGCGUCCUGAUGGGAAAUGGAGUUGUUUGGAUGGGAGUAAAGCUAUUCCGUUUGCCCAGGUGAACGAUGAUUACUGUGAUUGCGCCGAUGGCAGCGACGAGCCAGGCACCGCAGCCUGUUCCCAAUCGCAGUUCCACUGCAUCAACCAGGGCCAUCGAUCCGUGGAUAUACCCAGUUCCCAGGUGCAGGAUGGCAUCUGUGACUGUUGCGACGGCAGCGAUGAGUUGCCCGUGGUGGGAUGUGGCAACACCUGCCUGGAACUUGGCGCCGCUGCAGCCGUGCAACGGCGCAAUGAGGCGGAGUUGCACACACGCGGCGCCGAGAGGCGUCAGGAGAUGAUAACGCGUGGCAAGCAGAUGAAGGCGGAUCGGACAGCGCGUCGCUCAGAGUUGAAUGCGCGUAUUAAGGAGCAGGAAGCCCUCAAGGCAGAGAAGGAGCAACUCAAGCGCACUGCCGAAGCACUAGAAAGCGAAGCUCUGGACGCGUUCAAGGAGCAACAACGGGAACUGGACGCGGAGACGGCUCAGGCGGAACAGGAGCCACAGCAAAUGCGACAGGAAGCCACUCUGAGCUUUGUACGCUACGAUGCCAACAAGGAUGGCUUCGUCGAAGUCACCGAGCUGAUGGUGGACAUGAACCUGGACAGCGAUCGCAAUGGAGUCGUUACCGUCGAGGAGGCCAAAUACUUUCUAGAUGAACGGGAACGCGUCGACUUGGAUGCGUUUGUUACGUUGGCCUGGCCCAGGAUCAAGCCACAGAAAAUGCUGGCCGAUGGAUUGUUCCAGCCGCCAGUUGUGGAUGCUCCAGAGGCUGAAGUCCAGGCGGAAGUCCAAGGAACUGAACCUGUUCAGCAAGAACCAACUAAUGAACAAGCGGACAUGGAGCACGGCGAUGUAGAUGAAGACACGGAGGAUGAAGAGGAUCAGUACGAGGAUGAGGAGGAGCCCGAUGUGGGUGUGGGCGAAGCCACUCCUGAUGUUGAAACCACAACCACGGCGCCAAACUACGAUCCGGAGACACAGCGACUCAUUGAACAGGCAAACGAAGCACGUAAUGCCUACGAUGAGGUGGAAAGACAUAUACGGGAGAUAGAGCACGAGGUUAAGGAGAUUGAUGAGCAGGAGGGCAAGGAUUACGGUCGCCACGAGGAGUGGGCGGUGCUCGACGGCGAGUGCUAUACCUUCGAGGAUCGGGAAUAUGUCUACACGCUGUGUCCCUUCGAUCGCACCUCGCAGAAGCCACGCAAUGGAGGCGCUGAAACAACUUUGGGUCGCUGGGAUCAAUGGAUCGGCGAGGGCGACAACAAAUACAGCAGGCAGAAGUAUUCGAAUGGAGCUGCCUGCUGGAAUGGACCACAGCGAUCGGCUUUAAUCAACAUCAAGUGUGCCUUGGAGCCACGUAUCACCGGAGUCAGCGAGCCAAAUCGCUGUGAAUACUAUUUCGAGUUUGAGACUCCGGCUGCCUGCGACAGCGAAGCCUUCAAGGCGGCAGAUUUGAAUCAGCAUGAUGAGCUUUGAGAGAGAAACUGAUGUUAAGGAGUCGAGGAUGUCAAGAGCAAGGAACAGAGAGGAAGGCACCGAUUUAAAUUUAUAGUUGGAGUUAUUGAAUUGAAUUCUGUAUUGUAAGGUGAUUACUGCUGAUCAUUCCCAAUCAUCGCAAUCGCAUCGGUCGUAGACAAUUAUUCAAUGUAUGCAUUUAAGCCAAGUAAAAAGUUUCAUUUUUUAAAUA